CGCAAACCUAAUAAGAUAGAAUCUAGUUGCGACCUGCAUAUUUUCCCACAUCUCGUACAGACAAAGCCGUGAUCCGCCGGAGCUCUAGACCUAUAUCUAGAUCUAUUUACGUUUUCUUUCCGUCUUCUGCUCCUGUCUGAAAUAAUUAUAAGGGCUAUUCUUUGAGUGUCGAAUAUGUGUCCCGCAGCCUUUGUAAUUUUAAGAGGCCUGCUCUGACUUUCAGAAGCCAUCUGACUAUGAUCUGAUGCCAGCUACUUCGAUAAUUCCACUAGACUAGACUAGUCUCAGUCUGUAAAUGUAAAGUGACGUCAUAUCCACACUGAUCAGACUAGAUCUAGAUUUCUAGUUUAAAUAUCUUUAAAUCUAAUAUUUUAGAACUACGAUCUCAGUUUGGUAAAAAUGUCUAUUUUAAGAAAACUAUCAGCCGCACCCAAGGAAAAACAAACAGAUGAAAUAAUAACCCUUUCAAUUAGGCCACUUAAUCAAACAGACAACCAAAGUACUAAUGAUGUAGAUCUAGAUCCUAGCAAUGCCCAUGAAGCUCAAAUUAGAGGCUCUCUAAAAUUUGUAGAUGCAAGCAAUAAAGAGACUAUAAAUAUUUAUAGUCAAGAAAUACCUGUGGACUUGAAGCACAUUGACUUUGUCUUAGUUCAUAAAACAGCUGCUACAACAGACAAAGAUGAAGACAAAACAUCGAAGCAGCUGAUCAAUAUGCGUGAGGCAUUUGAAAAAAAGAUGACGUCUGAAGGUCUUGUCAUAUAUAAACGCAAAGCUAGUGAUCUUGUUUUUACAAUUAUUCAUUGUCCUUUUAAAAGACUCUGUAUAGAAGCAGAGAAAGUGAAACUACAAUUGCCUCUGAAAGAUAUGGGCAUAAAACAAACAGCGAGUGGUCUUAUACAAUCUUAUACAAAUAAAUACUUAGAAACAGAGAAAAAUGUUGUCAAGUUUAUCUGUACUCCAUUUAUCAUGAAACAGUUUCAUUUUUUUGAAAACCAUGAAGAUCCUGAUAAAUUUUUUAUGACUGCCAUUAGAUCAUUACUUGUGCACAAUAUCCUAAUCAAAUGUGAUAUCAGAAGUGAAAUAGAGAAGCUAGAAGAGGACAAAGAAGAAAACAUUCAGUUAGAAAUAUUUGAGCCUGAUCUGGUUAAAGUUCAAAGUCUUCAUAUGAAAGGUUUAAAUUACAUGUUGAUGAAGAAAGCCUAUAUUCAGUGCUUUCCUUUACAUGAAGAGUCCCAGCUUGACACCAUGUAUACUCGUAGUAUUUUAAAGAAACAACUUCCCAUAUUAACUAAAAACUAUACAGAAGAGAAUGACAUUCGACUACAGCUGAAUAAGGAGUGGACCACCAUGUUUGGGUACCAACCCAUUUGGAAAAUACGGUGUUACUUUGGAGAAAAGAUUGCUUUCUACUUUGCAUGGGCUGGCAUGUUCGUCACAACGCUCUGGGUUCCCAUGGUGAUUGGAUGGGUUGUGUUUUCUUAUGGAUUAUAUCAGAGCUUUACAAGUCCAUUGAAGAAAGAAGGCACAGAGGAUGAAGUCGAUGUUAUCAACAGUUUGAAAAGAGCAUUUGAUAACAAAGCCACGCCAAUAUUUGCUUUGUUUAUGUGCUGCUGGGGGACUAUAUUUCUGGAGGUAUGGAAACAACAUUCUUCCAGAUUGGCGUUUGAGUGGUCUGUAGAGUCUUUUGAAUACGAUGAACCUAAACGCCCCCAAUUCUAUGGAACAAAAAUUGUUAAGGAUCCAGUCACAGAAGAAGAAGUUUGGUUCUAUCCUUACUGGUUAAGGGCUAUAAAAUUUUUUGCAUCUGGGACAGUACUAUUUUUUAUGGUUAUAACAGUGAUAGCCAGUGUCUCAGGGAUCAUUGUGUACAGAGUCAUUGUCAGCGUUGAUUUCUGUCCUAAAAUGAAUGGCAAAGAAUGUUUUCUUUUGACGUCUGUGACUUCAAGUGUUUUGAAUGCUUUGUCUAUUACUAUUCUGGUUCAUAUUUAUGAUAAACUGGCUUUAUAUUUGACAGAAUGGGAAAAUCACAGAACUCAGACUGACUAUGACAAUGCUCUUAUUGUCAAACUUUUUGCAUUUCGUUUCGUCAAUAGUUAUAGUUCUUGUUUUUACAUUGCUUUUCUUAGAGAGUAUGUAGGUAUAUUAGAUAAAGACUAUGUGGACACUUGUCAUGGUUCUUGUAUGAGUCAGCUGACUGUUCAAAUCAUGGUGCUUAUAAUAACUAGCAUGGUGCCCAAAUUUUUAAUAGAUAUUGGCUACACAAUUGUGAGGAGUGUUUUCCUUUCCUUUGGAAUGUGCGAUCGAUUCACCAAGGCCGCUCAAGUACUGACAGACAAUGAGGAAAAAGAUCAAGUGCUCCUGUAUAUAGAAAAAGAAUUUUUGAAACGGGACGCAGGGGACAUAACUCUGUCUGAGUUUACUGAGAAAGUCAUACUAUAUGGAUACUUAAUGAUAUUUGCUGCCUCCUUCCCAUUGGCACCUAUGUUUGUAAUUGGCCUCUGUUUCUUUGAUAUGCGUUUAGAUGCAUCUCGAUUGCUGAGAUUUUAUAAAAGACCCGUUGCUCACAUUUCUCAAAAUAUAGGUAUAUGGUAUGCCAUACUGAAUUUUCUAAACAUUGUUGGUGUCACAAGUAACGCUUUUCUCAUUGCUUUUACCUCCAGCUGGGGACAACAGUUCAAUACUAUGGAGAAACUGAUAGUAGUCAUAAUCUUUGAGCAUCUUGUUUUUGCACUCAAGUUCUUCCUGGCUGUACUGAUUCCUGACGAGUCAUUUAGUGUGAAUCUUGCCAAAAAAAGGAAAAAGUAUGUGGUUCAGCAAAGAUUUUUAAUGGAAGAGGACCUAAGUAAAAAGCAAGAAAGGAUAGAUACUGAUCCUGUAGAUGACUUAAACAAAGAUACAGAGAAUGUUUUUAAACAGAGAUCAGGUGUUGAAAUGACGUAGAGACACAGUGACCAAAAUAGAUGCCAUUUCAAAGGAUAUGAAACGCUAAAUUGAUUCAUGAAACAUUGUAAAGAGCUCUGUGAUAUUUUAAUUAAAAGAUGUUAAAUAUGUUCUC